AAUCUUCGUUUCGUCCGGGCGGUAUCGGAUCGCGAUCUCGCCCCAAUUGAAUUGGAUUGAAUUGAAUUGAGUUUAUUUGCCCAGGAUUGCGGUUUUCUCCCGUGUAUUGCUAGGGGGUGGGGUUGAAUUCGAUUAGAGAAUGGGGGUCGUGUCGAGGCGGGUUGUGCCUGUCUGCGGUAACCUCUGUUUCAUGUGUCCUUCAAUGCGCGCGAGGUCUAGGCAGCCGGUCAAACGGUACAAGAAGUUGCUCGCUGAAAUCUUCCCCAAAAGUCAGGAGACUGAACCUAAUGACAGAAAAAUUGGGAAGCUGUGUGAGUAUGCCUCGAAGAAUCCAUUAAGAAUUCCUAAGAUUACCAAUUACUUAGAGCAACGGUGUUACAAGGAUCUUCGGAAUGAGAAUUACGGAUCUGUUAAAGUUGUCUUGUGCAUUUACAGAAAACUGCUGUCAUCAUGUAAGGAGCAAAUGUCAUUGUUUGCUGGUAGCUUAUUGGGAAUUGUUCGAACAUUGCUGGAACAAACGCAGCUGGACGAACUGCGGAUUUUAGGUUGCAUCACUCUUGUUGACUUUAUGAACAGCCAAGUUGACAGCACGUACAUGUUCAACUUAGAGGGUGUUAUCCCAAAGCUUUGUCAAAUGGCUGAAGAAGUAGGGGAUGAUGAAAGAAUUCUUCCUUUACGCUCUUCUGGGAUGCAGGCUCUGGCAUGCAUGGUGUUGUUCAUGGGAGAACAUUCCCAUAUCUCUAUGGACUUUGACAAGAUUAUGUUAGUGAUGCUGGAAAACUAUGCAUAUCUACAAAUGAACUUGGAGUAUGCCAAGGAAAAGCCAGAUUCUCUACCUCAGCAACAAUGGCUUCAAGAAGAGCUUAAAGCAGAUCGAGGCUCGUCAAUUCAAGAUAUAAGUGACAAGGUUAUUUCCUUUCCAAUCCGCUUGACCAGUCCUGGCAUGGAUAAGACAAUAGAUGCCUCGAAGAGCCCAUCUUACUGGUCAAGGGUUUGCUUACAGAAUAUAGCCAGCUUGACAAAAGAGACUGCGACCGUGCGACGUGUUCUUGAGCCCCUUUUUCAUAUUUUUGAUACUGAAAAUCAUUGGUCCAUGGAGAAAGGACUUGCCUGUUCUGUAUUGAUGUACUUGCAGGCGCUUCUGGAAGAAAAAGGGGGCAAUGCUAACGUACUUUUAUCUAUUUUGAUCAAGCACUUGGAUCAUAAAAAUGUUUCUGGGAAACCCUCACUGCAGAUAGACGUUGUUCAUGUGACCACGCAACUAGCACGUAAUGCUAAACGGCAGAGUUCAGUUACUAUAAUUGGGGCGAUUACUGAUUUAAUUAAGCAACUGAAGAAGUGCUUGCAGAACUUAUCUGAAGGAUUAACCCCUGGAGAUGGUUUACAUAAGAGGAACGCCGAUCUUCAGUCUGCCCUGGAGAGUUGCAUCUCUGAGCUUUCUAAGAAGGUUGGUGACAUAGGACCCAUUCUGGAUAUGCUGGCUGUGGUGUUAGAGAGUCUCCCACCUACUACACUGGUGGCCAGAUCAACCAUUUAUGCUGUUUACCGCACUGCGCGGGUCAUCUCUUCAAUCCCUAGUUUGUCUAAUGAUAAGAAGGCUUUCCCUGAUUCUCUGUUUCAUCAACUGCUGGUCGCAAUGGUCCAUCCAGACCAUCAAGCGAGAAUUGGAGCACACUCUAUUCUCUCUACUGUGCUUAUGCCGUCACUAGUUUGCCCUCUGUCAGACCAGAGGAACCAUGUGCAGACCUUAAAGGCACGGAAAAUAAGUUUCAGUAAUCAGGAUGAAGGGAAAGACUCAGUGGUGCCAUCAACUGUCUCGAAGGAGGAAGUCGACCAGAUGUUGGAUGGGGAUGAUAAACAAUCACCCUUUUCUGGAACUCUUUGCCAAUCUAAUAGUUUGAAGCUUGCAUUAACAGAUGGAAAAGCGGAUGUUACUUCCCUUCGAUUGAGCAGUCACCAAGUCAGCCUAUUGCUUUCAUCAAUCUGGGUUCAGGCAACAUCUGCAGAAAACUCACCAGCAAAUUUUGAAGCAAUGGCACAUACUUACAACAUCGCGUUAUUGUUUACUCGUUCCAAGUCUUCCAGUCAUAUGGCUCUAGUAAGAUGCUUCCAGCUGGCAUUGUCCCUUAGAAGCAUUUCUCUUGACCGAGAAGGAGGUUUGCAACCGUCUCAAAGAAGAUCUCUUUUUACCUUGGCAUCGUACAUGCUUAUAUUCUCAGCCAGGGCCGGCAAUUUUCCGGACAUUAUCCCUCAUGUGAAAGCAUCAUUAACGGAUAGAACGAUUGAUCCAUACCUUGAGUUAAUAGAAGAUAUCAGGCUACAGGCUGUAUGUAUAGAUUCUAACUUGGAGAAGAUAUCGUAUGGAUCAGAACAAGAUGAAGCUGCUGCGGUGAAGUCACUGUUGGAGAUAAGCUCAGAUGAUCAGCAGUUAAAAGAAAUUGUUCUUUCGCAUUUGAUUACUAAAUGUGGGAAUUUGUCCGAGGAAGAAUUAUCAGACUUGAAAAAGCAAUUUCUAGAACCAUUUUCACCCGACGAAGCUUAUCCUUUGGGAGCUCCACUAUUUAUGGAGACACCUAGGCCAUGUUCUCCUCUUGCCCAAGUGGAUUCUCAAGCUUUUGAUGAAGCCGUGCCUUUAGUCGACAUGACAGACGAUGAUGCCUUCCUUGAACCAAGUGGGAGUCAGUCGGAUCGCAAGACAUCACUCUCUAGCCACACGGUCGACAUUAUUAAUGUCAAUCAGCUCUUGGCAUCUGUUCUGGAAACAGCUAGACAGGUUGCAAGCUUGCCAGUUUCCUCAGCACCCAUACCAUAUGACCAAAUGAAGAAUCAAUGUGAAGCUCUUGUAACAGGCAAGCAGCAGAAGAUGUCGGUUCUACAUAGUUUCAAGAAUCAGCAGGAAUCGAAGGCUAUAGUUGUGUCGGGUGAAAAUGAAAAACUGGCCCCUCCUUUCCCAAUUCCAAGCUUGGAUAUAGAGCUUUUGGAAGGGGAUGGGAAGUUGCAUGAGAGAGACCAAUUGCGACAUCAGGAUCAGCGUCAGCUCUGUUCACGUGAUUAUGUACCGCAUUCUUUCAGAUUACCGCCAUCGAGCCCGUACGACAAAUUCUUGAAAGCUGCUGGAUGCUGAAUAGUUUAGGCAUGCUUUUACACGUAUAUAGCUUUGUUUCUCGAGUCUGUUCUCUCCAACGGUCCCAUAUUCUUUUCAUUCUUUCGAGUCUUCCGCCAACGCAGCUGUGUAUUCUAUUUUUUUCCUUCUCUUUUGGUAUGAUGCUGUUGUCUACCUACCGUGUCCAAAUGGCUGGAAAGACAGGAACGGAUCGUAAUAGUAAAUAGCUGAGAGUAAUGUGUCAACAAUCGUUCUCUGUAGUGUAAGUCAUUUGAAUGUAUGAAUAAUGUUCAUUUAGAUUUUAUUUGCCUCUUA